AUGGAAAUCGACGCAUUGCAAAAUCAACUCGGCCAUGCGCUGCACCGGGCAUCAACCGCAUUUCAAAAGGUGCCAGGCUCCGCUGUUCUUCUUCGGUACAUUCGGUCCAGCUACCAGAACGAUCCCGUCCGAUCUGCUAUUGAACUAGUACUUGUUUUAUUCUUCAUUCGAUAUCUGCUGUCGCCAUCAUAUUCGACCCAUAAGCAAAAUUUUGUCAAGCUUAGAGAAGAUGAGAUAGAUGAAUUGAUCGAUGAUUGGGCUCCCGAGCCACUUGUCGCCGAGCAGACAGCGAUAGAAGAGGCCGAGAGCGAGAAGCUUCCGGUAAUUGUUGGACCUACUGGACCAAAAGUGAAGCUAUCGAACGGUCGAACAGUCACGAAUCUAGCGUCUUACAACUUUUACAACUUCAACGCGAAUGAACAGAUCAAAGAAAAAGCGAUCCAAACCCUGCGCACUUAUGGUGUUGGCCCGUGUGGCCCUCCGCAGUUCUACGGCACUCAGGAUGUCCACGUCAAAGCUGAGGCUGAUAUUGCCAACUACUUGGGUACAGAGGGAUGCAUUGUUUACGCCCAAGCGUUCUCAACGGUAUCUAGCGUUAUCCCCGCCUUUUGCAAGCGUGGUGACGUUAUAAUUGCCGAUGAAGCGGUUAACUAUUCUAUUCGAAAAGGACUGCAGGCCUCACGAAGCAACAUUAAGUGGUUCAAGCAUGGCCGGAUGGACGACUUGGAGCGGGUUAUGAAGGCUGUCGCUCUUGAGCAAGCCAAAGGAAAGAGGCUCACGAGGCGGUUCAUCGUUACGGAAGGACUUUUUGAGACUUGCGGGGACAUUACAGACCUUCCCAGCCUCGUCGAACUAAAAGAGAGAUACAAGUUCCGGAUUAUCCUUGAUGAGACGUGGUCUUUUGGAGUCCUUGGACGAACGGGUCGGGGGCUUACCGAAUUUCAGAAUGUUGACCCCCAACAGGUCGACAUGAUUGUUGGCUCUCUCUCUGGACCCUUGUGUGCUGGUGGAGGAUUCUGUGCUGGAGCUAAAGACGUCGUCGAACAUCAGCGUAUUACAUCGUCAGCCUAUACCUACUCAGCUGCGCUGCCAGCAAUGUUAGCCAUGACCGCGAGCGAAACCGUCAAUCUCCUUCAAUCCAAUCCGGAUAUUCUCAGCCAGUGCCGUGAGAAUAUCAAAGUCAUGAAAUUGCAACUGGACCCUCGCAGCGAUUGGGUUGUUUGUACCAGUGCACCCGAAAAUCCGAUCAUGCUUCUUGUACUAAAACCAGAAGUUGUCAAGUCGAGAAAAUUUGGUAUUGAAGACCAAGAAAGGAUUCUACUCGAAUGCUCUGACGAGUGCCUAACCAACGGAGUUCUCGUCGCUCGACUAAAGACAAGACCGUACUCGCAAUCAAUCAAAGCUCGCGACAGCAGUUGGAUCGCUCAACCUGCGCUAAAGAUUUGCAUUACAUCGGCCCUUUCUAAGAAAGAUAUCGAAAAGGCUGGGGCAACAAUUCGGCACGCCAUCACUAAAAUCAUGACACGUAAGAUUGGCGGCAGAGCCGGGUAG